UAGUACUACAAGACCAGUCGUGUCGAGUUCUCCAACCACCGUACGACCUCGCCGGAAGAUUACUUCUUCCGAUCACCGCCACCGGCCACGAUGAAGGCAAUAGUGAUAACCACUCCCGGUGGUCCCGAAGUCCUGAAACUACAGGAAGUCGAAGACCCAGUAGUUCGAGACGACGAGGUUCUGAUCAGAGUGGAGGCCACCGCACUCAACCGCGCCGAUACCAUCCAACGCAAGGGCUCCUACCCGCCGCCGAAGGGCGCGAGUCCGUACCCGGGUCUCGAGUGUUCCGGCACCGUGGAGGCCCUCGGGAGGAACGUUAGUCGGUGGAAAAUCGGUGACCAGGUAUGUGCUCUUCUCAGUGGAGGAGGGUAUGCAGAGAAGGUUGCUGUUCCUGCUGGACAAGUUCUUCCCAUUCCUGAGGGUGUUUCCCUUAGAGAGGCUGCUAGCUUCCCUGAAGUUGCAUGCACUGUUUGGUCAACUGUCUUUAUGAUGAGCCGGCUAUCCGCAGGAGAAACAUUCCUGGUACAUGGGGGCUCCAGUGGAAUUGGCACAUUUGCAAUCCAAAUAGCCAAAUACCUAGGUGCCAAAGUGUUUGUCACAGCAGGAAGUGAGGAAAAAUUAGCUGCUUGCAAGGCUCUUGGAGCUGAUAUCUGCAUCAACUACAAGACUGAAGAUUUUGUGACACGUGUGAAAGAAGAAACACAAGGGAAAGGUGUAGAUGUUAUAUUGGAUAGUAUUGGAGCAUCCUACUUUAAGCGCAACCUUGACAGCCUAAAUGUUGGCGGGAGACUCUUUAUUAUUGGUUUUAUGGGUGGAACAAUAACAGAAGUGAAUCUUGCUAGUUUACUUGCAAAGCGACUGACAGUGCAAGCUGCUGGUCUGCGCAACAGAACUCCAGAGAACAAAGCUGUUAUCGCAAGUGAAGUGGAGAAGAACGUUUGGCCGGCCAUUGCUGCUGGCAAAGUGAAACCAAUUGUGUGCAAGUACCUUCCCUUAUCUGAAGCAGCAGAGGGUCACCGGCUUAUGGAAAGUAGCAAGCAUAUUGGUAAAAUACUCCUCCUCCCAUGAUACUUUGGAUGGUUCUCCAUUUAUUGAGUGGAUGAAGUGAUCAACACAACCUCAUGAGUAUGCUGUACCAUUCCACUGUCAUGCUUAAAUAUGACGAACUUCUUAAUGUUUUUCUUCAUUUAUAAUGUAGUCAAAGACCAAAAUUUGGGGCAUUUGUAAUGAGAAAACUUAUUAAUGAAAUGAGCUGGCUGCAAGUUCAUCUGCUGAAA